AUGGUCACAGGAAUAGAGGCAACAGGUGUCGCUUUGGCCAUCCUCCCCUUGGUUGUGAACCAGUUGGAUAACUAUGCAAGGGGACUUGAAAAGAUGAAGGCCUUCCGACGAUAUAAAUGGCAGCUGGAAGACUUUUCGAGUGGACUUAGUGCCCAGUAUGCCAUAAUGGUUAAUACUUUGGAGCAUUCUUUGGAGGGUGUGGUUGACGACCAUGAUCAAAAGUCCGACUUGAUCAAGAAUCCCACAGGUGUUGGGUGGGAAGACCCAGAGUUCCAAAAUCGACUGAUACAGAAGCUUGACCGGGACUAUGUCCCCUUUACUGGCACAGUCCGAGCACUAUGUCGCUUAUUGGAAGAUAUUUCCCACAGGCUCGGGUUAGAGACAGGAGAUUACUGCAGCGCAAUAUCAAUAAAUCCCCUCAGUGCCCUCAAGUUCCGGAGAAUCUUCAACGCAGCGAUAUACGAAGAUCUGUUGGACAAGAUCGAUAAAACAAAUCAGAUCUUGAAAACGAUCAGUGAGCAAUCCCAACUUCGCGAAAAAUCUCUCAAGCAACCAGCGAGACGAAGAAGAAACCUCAAACGAUACCGAGAAAAGAGAGCCCAUGCAAAGGCUCUCUAUGGUAUUAUCGGAAAAGGUCAAAAAUGCGGAAAAUGUCUAUCUCAAGAUGCCCACUUCGUAGCCCUUCAGCUCAACAGAGAGUACAUGGAUAGCAGAGAUGACACACACCUUGCACCCCAACCCACCAGUUUUUAUAUGAUCGCAUCGCCCCCGGAGAACUGUUCAUCCACAAAGGACAAAAGGCGCUGGCAUGAAAUCAAAGUUCAAACUGAUCAAUGUGUUCAAUUGCGCUGCACCUCCGGAGACUGCAACCAAGGACUUCCAUCGUUAGGUCGAGAAUCCAAAGUGCGUUUCGAACUACCAAGAACAAAAUGCGUGGAAAGGGUUCAGUCAACACCUACCACCGUGGGUGCAUCUAGCGCCGGUCUAUGCUCUGUAUUUGAUCAAGUUAAUGUUACACCGCCGAGUUCCAGUUCUGAAUCUAUUGAUUACAUAUUUGGAAACAAGACUACAGAGGCUGGGUACUACCUGAACCUAGUUCGCACCAUCCAAGACGAAAUGCAUCUCCGCUCUUUACAAGAAACCCUUACUGGCUCUCCAUCCACCCCCGAUUCCCCAAUCCAACACCCAGAGGAGUUGAGCCGCCGAGACAGAAUCUACCUUGCAACGCAACUCGCGUGCGGUCUCCUCGAGCUACACGGAAGCUGGCUCCAGCAACACUGGGAAACGAAAGACAUUUUCUUCCUCCGUGGGAAGGCAUCGCAACACUCACGGUACGAACGUCCAUACCUCUUACGUACAGGUCUGCAUGUACCCGAAUCAGACGCAAAUGAGUCGACUCACCGAGGACACGAUGACCAAAACUCUAGUCGACAGUGGAAUACAACGCUAUUUCCGCUGGCACUAGUCUUGAUAGAAUUGUCCUUAGGAAAGGCUAUAUCAACACUGCGUCGGCCUGAAGAUGGAGAGGCUGGGGAGGAUAUGUCUAUGCUCAACACCGCGACAAGGCUGCUGCAAACUGUAUAUGGCGAAAGUGGGUCGAAUUAUGGAGACAUUGUUAAGGAAUGCUUGUAUUGGUCACGAAGUAAAGGUGAUGGGUUUGAAGAUCCUUACUUCGAUGAGUCGGUGUUUGACGCAAUUGUGGCCCCUCUGCUGGAAGAGUAUUACCGCUUCGAGGGCCUGUCAAUUAGAAAUUAG